CUCUCUCUCUUUUUCUUACAAGCAUGCAAACCGGGAACCAUGUUAUAGUUUCCACUUCUCUCCCUCCCAGUCCCAUUUAUUACUUCAUUGCCACUUGUGCUCUGAGUUUCCACGUCCAUGGAGGUAGGGGCAGUGCUCGAGUUCUUGAAGAAACACGGGUUUUCAGAGGCAGAGUCGGCUCUCAGAGAGGAUAUGAUUGAAAAGGGCGAUCUGGGUUCUUUUGACUAUGAGAAAAUCUUGUUUCCGAUGGCUCCUCCGCUGCCGCCGGUGAGGAUUCCGGCGAAUUUUCCGAGAUCGAAGGUUUCUGAUGUGGUUGAAGUCUCGAGUUCCGGGGAUGAUGAGUUUGUGAGCUUGGGGUCUUCCACUACAAAUAGAUGCUCUUCAGAAUUUACAAAUCCAUAUGGAAUUCGAUCUACCUCUCCAGGCAGUUCCAAGGCUUCAUCUGAUAGAUUCUCACAAUUUGGCACCGCACGCAAUUACCAUGAUUUUGAUAUGGAAAAUGACUUGUUCUGGCAUGACGAAAAAGAUGAUGCAGACUUCAUGACUCCUUGCUUUGACGGGGUAGACUACUUUGGCUGUCCUACUGAGGAUAAGUUCGUCAUGACUUCAGACAAUGAAAAGAGAAAUGAGGACCUGCAUUAUACAUCUGAAGCUUUAUCAUCAGAAAUAAGCCUUAAUUACUUGGACAAAAACCGUCUUACUAAUUUAUCUUCCAUGGAUGCCAAGGGUGUUUAUGUGACAGACUAUUAUCAAGUUGAAAAACAUCAGCUUGAAGGAGGCUCUGAGGAGGAGCCAGCCGGUGAAAAGUUGAAAGAAACCAAUUUGGAUAAUUGUCAGUUGAAUGGUUUGGGGGGUUUUCUGUCCACCAACAGAAGAACGAAGAGUUCUAACUACUCUCCUAAAAAGAGUUCCACAAAUGGCUGGUUGGAAAGUGUAAAUGGUAAGGUUGCAGGGAAAGAUCUUAGGCCGAAUGGAAUUGACAGCUCUGAAGUUGGAAUCAAUGAUGUAGAUAUAGAGUCCCAUGUUCCUGAGACUGCUACUGAUGAAGACAGUGAAGAAGUAUAUAUGCACAACACAGAUGACAAUGAGUAUGAAGUUUUCGAUUUAAGAGUCAUACACAGAAGAAACAGGACUGGAUUUGAAGCAGACAAGGAUCUGCCUAUUGUGCUAAAGACUAUAGUUGCAGGCAGAUACUAUAUAACCGAAUAUCUGGGUUCAGCUGCUUUCAGUAAGGUUGUACAGGCUCAUGAUCUUCACACGGGAGUCGAUGUUUGUCUAAAGAUCAUAAAAAAUGAUAAAGAUUUCUUCGAUCAGAGUUUAGAUGAGAUUAAACUUCUUAAGUUUGUAAACAAGUAUGAUCCUGCAGAUGAGCGCCACAUUCUACGACUUUAUGACUACUUCUAUCACCAGGAGCAUCUCUUCAUUGUUUGUGAACUACUCAAGGCAAAUUUGUACGAAUUUCAGAAGUUCAGUCGAGAAUCUGGUGGAGAAGCAUACUUUACACUAAGAAGGUUACAGGCCAUAACUCGUCAAUGUUUAGAGGCAUUGGAAUACUUGCAUCACCUGGGAGUUAUUCACUGCGAUCUGAAGCCUGAGAAUAUUCUCAUUAAAAGUUACAGACGAUGUGAAAUAAAAGUCAUUGAUCUCGGAAGCAGCUGCUUUCGAACAGACAACUUGUGCCUAUAUGUACAAUCUCGUUCCUACAGAGCUCCUGAAGUCAUUCUUGGACUCUCAUAUGACGAGAAGAUUGACAUGUGGUCCCUUGGAUGCAUCUUGGCUGAGCUAUGCUCCGGAGAAGUGCUCUUUCCAAAUGAUGUGAUUGUGACCAUACUUUCACGUAUCAUUGGAAUGCUCGGUCCCAUUGAUCUGGAUAUGUUAGUGAAAGGACAAGAGACGGACAAGUACUUCACAAACGAACUAGAUCUCUACCACAUUAAUGAGGAGACAAACCAAUUGGAAUACAUAAUCCCUGAGGACUCCUCCCUGGAGCAACACCUGCAAGUAACCGAUAUUGGGUUCAUCGACUUUGUCCAAAGCUUGCUCGAGAUCAAUCCCCAGAGACGUCCAAGCGCUGCAGAGGCACUAGAGCACCCCUGGCUUUCCUAUUCAUACGAAUCGAGUUCUUUCUAAAACUUGUGUGGUAAAUGGUUUCUCUUGUGGCUUUGUUUAUAUCAGUUUUGAAGACCACUAUGUGAGUUGCGCUGCAUUCUUUUUAAGCACAGGAUUGGGAUGCCGCUUCCAUAUUGCAGUUUUGAUUGUUGUAAAUUCUUUGUUAAUACCAUCAUGAUGAUUAAACAUCUCCACUUAUCCAUAAUAUUUACUGUACAAAAAGCUCCACUCACAUGGUGGUUGGCAAUUCCAUAAUUUGAGUCACCAGAUCAUUAGAAAUGUAAUAAAAUCAUCAUUGUCAUU